AUGAAUGGGAAACGGCCCCCCGACCCUCACCCGGCCCGGAUGGGGAAGAAGAGGAAGAAGGAGGUGACGGUGGAGUUUUCGGACGCUGUCAAGGAGGAAGCCUUGAAAAAGCGGGUGGCCGAGGCCUGGAGGGGCAGGACGCCGCUCAGUCACGAAGCCAUUAUCAUGGACACGGACCCCUUUCUUCAUUGCAUGAUCCCAAACUUCAUCCCAAGUCAAAACUUCUUGGAAGGGCUUCAGAAGGAGCUUUUGAACUUGGACUUCCAUGAAAAGUAUAAUGAUUUAUAUAAGUUCCAGCAGUCUGAUGAUUUGAAGAAGAGAAAAGAGCCUCACAUCUGUGCUUUAAGGAAAAUUCUGUUUGAAGAUUUUCGGGCUUGGCUUUCUGACAUAUCCAAGAUUGACGUGGAAUCAACCAUUGACAUGUCCUGUGCCAAAUAUGAAUUCUCAGAUGCCCUACUCUGCCAUGACGAUGAGCUGGAGGGGCGCCGGAUCGCCUUCAUUCUUUACCUGGUUCCUCCCUGGGACAGGAGCUUGGGGGGCACCCUGGACCUGUACAAUGUCGAUGAACACUUCCAGCCAAAGCAGAUCGUCAGGUCCCUUAUUCCUUCGUGGAACACGCUGGUUUUCUUUGAAGUGUCUCCAGUCUCCUUUCACCAGGUGUCUGAAGUCCUGUCUGAAGAAAAGUCACGUCUGUCUAUCAGCGGCUGGUUUCACGGUCCUUCACUGACCAGGCCUCCCACCUACUUUGAACCUCCCAUACCUCGGAGCCCUCAUAUCCCGAGAGAUCAUGAAAUUUUGUAUGAGUGGAUCAACCCUACUUAUCUGGACAUGGAAUACCAAAUUCAAAUUCAAGAGGAGUUUGAAGAACAGUCUGAAAUCCUCCUAAAGGAUUUCCUUAAGCCUGAGAAAUUUGCGGCGGUCUGUGAGGCUUUGGAGAAAGGAGGUGUGAAAUGGAACAGCCGAGGGCCCCCUAACAAAAGGUUUUAUGAGAAAGCCGAGGAGAGCACGCUUCCCGACAUUCUCCAGGACUGCAUGACAUUGUUUCGCUCCGAGGCACUGUUCUUGCUGCUGUCCAACUUCACGGGCCUGAAACUUCAUUUCUUGGCCCCUUCCGAAGAAGAGGAGAUGGGGGGCACAAAGGAGGGAGAACCAGACUCUGCUCCUGAGAGCACUGAAGAAGGGACGAGCCAUAGCUCCUCGGAGCCAGAGACUCAUCUGGCAGCUGCCAGCAACAACAGCCAGCAGAGCAAUGAGCAGGCAGGCCCAGAGCCAGAGGAAAAGGAAGCCAAGGAAGAAUCAAGUGUUCCCACGUGUCAGGGUGAACUGAGGCAUUGGCAGCCUGGUCACUACACUUUAAUCCAUGACAACAGCAAGACUGAAUUUGCCCUGGACUUACUUCUUUACUGCGGCUGUGAAGGCUGGGAGCCUGAAUAUGGUGGCUUUACUUCCUACAUUGCCAAAGGGGAAGAUGAAGAGCUGCUAACGGUGAAUCCAGAAAACAAUUCUUUGGCAUUGGUCUACAGAGAUAGAGAGACUCUUAAAUUUGUCAAGCAUAUUAACCACCGAAGCCUAGAACAAAAGAAAACCGUCCCAAACAGAACAGGUUUCUGGGACUUCUCGUUCGUCUACUAUGAAUGA